GGAUUCUACGGUUUCCAUUAUGACAACACCCCUUCAUGUUAUAACUCACCAACGAGGAAAACAGUGGCUGAUUUGAAUCAGCGUGUUUAGUCUGGACCUCUACUGGGGAGCGGCAGUGUAGCCUAGUGGUUAGCGUGUUGGACUAGUAAACGAAAGGUUGCAAGUUCGAAUCUCCGAGCUGACAAGGUACAAAUCUGUCGUUCUGCCCCUGAACAGGCAGUUAACCCACUGUUCCUAGGCCGUCAUUGAAAAUAAGAAUUUGACUUGCCUAGUUAAAUAAAGGUAAAAUAAAUAAAUAAAUAAAAUACUGUAUGUCCAUUCUGAAUGUAGUGAUGUUCUCCCAAGUCCUUUUCCAUUCAACAUAUUUUCAUUCACAUGAUGACUUCAGAGGCCCGGAUGAAUGAACAGUAACAGGGAUGUUUUAAUGUGUCAAAUAGUUUAGUAGGGACUUUUCUGAAGCUCUGGCUUACUCUUCGUUGGGCUAUGUUAAUGUUUCCUCUCGUUCUCUCCCACAGAGCAUACCAUCUUCUCGGCAACAGAGUGUUGGCGGUGAAGGUCAUUCCUCUGGAUAUCACAGUGGAGCUACAGAAACAGAUCAUGUCCGAGUUGGAGAUCCUCUACAAGUGUGAUUCCUCCUACAUCAUAACCUUCUACAGUGCCUUCUUUGUGGAGAACAGGAUCUCCAUAUGCACAGAGUAUAUGGAUGGUGGCUCUCUGGACGUCUACAGGAGGAUCCCAGAACAUGUGUUGGGUAGGAUCUCUGUGGCGGUUGUGAAAGGCCUAACCUAUCUAUGGAGCCUGAAGAUUCUUCACAGAGACGUCAAGCCUUCCAACAUGCUGGUCAACACUAGAGGUCAAGUGAAGCUCUGUGACUUUGGAGUCAGCACGCAGUUGGUGAAUUCCAUCGCCAAGACGUAUGUGGGAACCAACGCCUACAUGGCACCGGAGAGGAUAUCUGGGGAGCAGUAUGGUAUCCAUUCAGACGUCUGGAGCGUGGGCUGGAGGUGAGUGCAGGCAUGUGUCUCCUUCAUGGAGUUGGCACUGGGCGCUUUCCCCUAUCCACAGAUUCAGAAAAACCAAGGAUCUUUAAUGCCUCUCCAGUUACUGCAAUGCAUCGUUGAUGAGGAGCCUCCUGUUCUUCCUGUGGGUCAGUUCAGCCAGAAGUUUGUCCACUUCAUCACACAGUGCAUGAAGAGACUCCCCAAAGAGAGGCCUGCUCCUACCAACCUUAUGGACCAUGCCUUCAUCCUGCUCUACGACGAUGGCAAUGCGGAGGUGGUGUCCAUGUGGGUGUGUCGCUGCCUAGAGGAGAGGAGAGCCCAGGCUCAGGGACAGAUGUGACCCCGUAAACACAGGAGAUCACAGAGAAGUUAAGCGGUCGAGGGUAUCAUGUAGGGCCAGGAUGACACCAGUAUCUCUAUACUCGUUAAUAUCGUGGCAAAGAAACAAAACACCAAGCGCUUUUAACUUCGUUAGGAAAACAGUCCUGAUGUUGGAAACAAAACAUCAUUAUGAUGUCAUCCAGAGUCACGUGUAUUUAUUUUCUAUCUAUAGCUCACAAUAUUUUACAUACAGCAGGUGUUUAAAGGACUGAAAGAGUUUGGUCUGCUUUGUGUUUUCAUUUUUGCCAUAGAAACAAUAUUGCGAUACUGGUAUGGUUCCCGGCCCAAAUAUCAUGCCCCAAUCUCUCUGGACUUUCACCAUUCGUGAACCCCAGGAGUGGACAGUAAAUAUCAAAGACACGGUUUCUAAAACGUAUUGAAGACGUCCAAGGUGUAAAGAGGCCGUCUGUACGUCCAACGUCAGUAAGCCAAGAGGAUACUGGAUCUUUACAACUGAACGUUCGUUGCAAGUGGAACUUUGUUAUCUGGGCCCUUGGCGUGUUGACUGAUGUCUUGAUGGUGUAUCCUGGCGACUCUUACACUCCAAACCUGGCCGUGUGUUGAUGCUGCUUUAUCAAUGUAUUUACAAGUGAGUGGGACUUAUUCCGUGACUGUUUGCCUACUUAGUUAUUUCUAACUCAGAGAGACUUUAGACAGAAUGUCAGAGUAAGUGAUCAACGAUGAGAUGGGGCUUGAAAACCCAAAUGGCUUUACAAUAACAAAGAAGUGCUAUUUUCCAGGAUGGCGCUCGGACAACCUGUUACGCUUUAUUGUUGGCAGCUUUCUAGUGAAUGUAGAGGUGUGGCGGUGUGUACGGCAGUAACCCCUGUGUGUGUACGGCAGUAACCCCUGUGUGUGUACGGCAGUAACCCCUGUGUGUGUACGGCAGUAACCCCUGUGUGUGUACGGCAGUAACCCCUGUGUGUGUACGGCAGUAACCCCUGUGUGUGUACGGCAGUAACCCCUGUGUGUGUACGGCAGUAACCCCUGUGUGUGUACGGCAGUAACCCCUGUGUGUGUACGGCAGUAACCCCUGUGUGUGUACGGCAGUAACCCCUGUGUGUGUGUGUACGGCAGUAACCCAUGUGUGUGUGUGUACGGCAGUAACCCCUGUGUGUGU